UUGAAGUACUUUCUUAGUGAAAUCCUGAGUCUUUAAGUACUUUCAGCAACAAACGUUUUCCUCCAUUCCAGUAAAAUGUCGAAACCAAUUAAUUUCGUAUUCGCUCUUUUACUUUGUGCUUUAUCAGUGCGUUGUUCUGGACUUACCAGAAUUGGAGGCAGCAAAUACUACGUUUCAAGCGAUGAGCACACAUACGUAGAAGCCGACCUGGCCUGCCAGAUGGAGGAUAACAUGAAGUUGGCCGCAUUUGAAACCGAAGAAGAAUAUUUGCAGUUUAAUGAAACCAUGAACAAUUGGGGAAUCAGCAAUACCGGUAAGGCACAAGAUUUACAAUUAAAGGUUUUAUUUUGGCGCUGUAGGAUAUCAGAAGGGAGCGGUGUUGAUAAGGGGACAAUCCUCUUUGUAGAAAGCUAUUGGUUGGGUGGUUUAAGACUAAAAAAUGGACUUUGGUACUGGACCUCCAGCAAAAAAAGGUUCGACUACUCAACCUGGAGCAGCAAUGAACCGAACUGUGGGUCCAUAGUAGUAUGUUGCCUGCUUAUGGGUAAAUCUACCACAGAAGCCAGAAACUGGCAAGCUGCUAACUGUUGCACUGAACAUCUGUACAUCUGUGAGGUUUAAUUCAAAAUAUACAUUCAAUAUAUUUGCUCUUGUAGAUAAA